UUUGGUUCAUCGUUGUCUACUCUUCAUAUUGUGGUGCUGCCGCUGCUGUUGUUGCUAGUGUUUUUGUUGUUGUUUUUAGUUUUUGUCUUCGUUAAGUUUGGUCUAGCAUUCGUACAGUAGCGGUUCUACUGACUAGUAUUGAACAUUUUUCCAUUGUGGUAACGCCGUCGAGUUUUUAUUGUUGUUAUUAUCGUGUCCAUUGAUGUCAAAAAUAGAAGAGAAAAAAAGAAAAAAAGUAGAAUUUUUAAAUAAGAAUAAAUUUAAUAAAAAUAAUUAAAUACAAGUGCUUGUUUUUGCCAGAAUUUCAUUAAAAUGCUUGAAAUGUUCGAAUUGUUGUGAAUACGAGUUUAAUGUAAGACGACACAUUCGGCUAUAAACAUUUAACGCGUCAGACAGAGAAAAAGAGAGGGAAGAAAAAAUAAAUUAGAAUACUGACUACAAUUAAGCUGCUGCCUCCAAGACUCAACAUCAAAAUUGUUCCCAAUAAUAAUAAAAAAUGAAUAAUCAAAUGAAUAGUGCAGUGCGUAAAAUACAUAAUCUGCUCUCUAGUGGAGCAGUAACGGUUACCGGACCUAAUCAGCCGCGUAUACUUAAACAAAAAAUUGUUGGUUCCGGUGCAACCGCAACAACAGUUACAACAGCUUCGCUUGCGAAUAAUGUACAACAACAGCAGCAGCAACAACAGCAAGUUGUUACGACAACCAUAAAUCGUUGCUAUGUCUGCGACGAUGCAUUGGGUGCCAAUCAGGCUCAACAUCAACUAACAGAAAUGCAGACAACGCACACAACAACAAAAUUUCCCAAUAAAAUUGGUCAAUUGGUCGGAGAUGCCUUUAUGGUAAUCGUUAGUGUCGAGGAUGUUGUUUGUUCACGUUGUACAAAUCUCAUCAACUAUUUGGAUCGUUUGGAAAAUGAUGUCGAACGUGUUCGUACAAAUCUAAUGAAUUUGUUGCAUAAAAAAUAUGGUUUAAAUGAUGAUAGCGGUGGAAUUGUAAAUGCUGCUACAACUGUUGUCGCUAGUGGUGUUGGUACUCCAUCAAUUGCUGCUGCAGCUACCAAUGUUACAAAUAAUGUUUCUUCAUCGGCCACACUACAAGCACCGCCUAAUAAAUUACAAAAAUUAAAUAGUGGAGCAGCGGUUAGCGCUGUACAACAAAUGAAAAUAUCUACACAAUCUCCAACAAAUAUACAACAACAAUCGGCCGGCACACAAACGCUACAGCGUAAAACAACAAAAAUCUACAAGUGUUUAUCGUGCGACUAUAAGACCUCAGAUAUGCGUCUCUUCAAUACGCACUACGAAACAUGCAAACAUCAAAAUUUCCAAUGUAAAAACUGUAAGAAAAUAUUCCCCAACUUUGGAGCGAUGAAACAACACAUGGUACGUGAACAUAAUACACCCAUGGACAAUACAUGUGCUGUCUGUCACAUAAAUUUCGUAAGCGAAUCGGCUUUGCGUAAACACAUGGAAAUCAAUCAUAGUACGAAUGUGGUCGUAACAAGUACAACAACUCUACCCGUGUCGCAAAAUGCGGCACCAGCUGCAGAUCCUAUAACAGCGGUGAAUGCACAAGCUUCCCCGGGCACUACGACCACACCACUCUACACAUGUAAUCACUGUCAGUUCAAGUCCACAGACAAGAUAACAUUUGAUGAGCACAUGCGCAAACAUAUGUCUGGAGUUAAAUCGAAACCAUUUAAAUGUCGUCUGUGUGCUCAGCGCUUUGAGACUCGUGAGGCGGCCACAACACAUGCUAAACAACAUCAGGGAAAUGUAUUCAAGUGUGGUACUUGUUCCAUGUCUUUCCCCAAGAGAGAAAUGUUGGUUAAGCAUUUCGAGGAACAUCAACAGCAGCAACAGAAUACGCAACAACUUCAACAGCAGCAGGUUCAGCCACAACAGCAAAUGAUUACGAUUAAACAACAGCAGGCGCCGCAAGCUUCACAGAAUAUGCUGACCACUCAAAAGCUUUUGCAAGAUACUAUCGAUGAAGCUUUAAGUGAUUCAACCACACCAGUAACCACAACCCCCACGACAGACGUAACAGGAGCGGCUUCUGCCAAUAAUAUUCGUUUCUUCUCUUGUCACAUUUGUUCGUUGACAUUCAUACAGGAGAACUACUACAAUCAACACAUGGAAACCCAUAGAAGGGGAGACGGUACUACCAACACCGCUACAACUACGGCUAACACACAUAAAAAGACUUCCAAUACGGUCGUAGGAAACAAUUCAUUGUCCACUUUGAAUGCAGCCGCUUUGCUAAGUGAAGCAGCUCAACAGGAAACCAAUGAUAUGGUCCAUCACAAUGCUGACCUAAAUGUUCAUCAUCAGCAACAGCUUCAACAACAGCAGCAGCAAACUGCCACUAUGGGUAAUGCCGGCAAUAACACCAUUUCUGAGGCAGACAUAGAAAGCAUUUUUGAAAAAAUGCAUUCCGAUAAGGGAGACGCUGGUGUUACGGCCACAACAACAUCGUCUGGUAAUGGUGGCGGUAGCAAUGAUCAAGUUGUUAUUACAUCACAAGCUGGUUCCGGUGGUGGCAUAACCUUUAAUAUUACCAUACCCGGGCAAGAAGGAGCUGGCGUAGUAUCGACUAGCGAAGAUCACACCACUAAUACGACCACCACAACCACUGCACCCGUGUCGGUAAGCAUAGAUAUGCCCAUGCUUGACCAACCAGACGAUUCAACACAUGCUUCGACAACGACCACAACAACCACCACAACAGCAUCGACAAACCUGAAGUCAGAAUCACCAAAACCAACUACAACUGGACCGGUCAGCAUGCCCAGCCUAGACGAUGAUAACGAAGACCAACAACCUGCUAAUCCAACAAGCGCAUCUAAUGAGAAUUCCAAGAAUAUGGAAGAACCUGCCCAACAUAAUUCUGAAGAAACUGCAGCAUCUGCCUCAAAACAACCUGCCACAGAUGAGGGAGCCUCUAAAGCGGAAGAAUCUUCAGCAAACAAUCAUUCAUCUGAACAACCAGUUGAGGAUCAGACAGCUCUCGAAAAUACUGCCACGACAGACAACCAACAAACAGAAUCCGUAGCGGGCGAUGAAGCACAUCAACAACAACAGCAGCAGCAACAAGAAGGGACAGAAGCUGGACAAGAACAACAACAACAAACCCAUGAACAUCAUGAAUUAGCGGCCGGUUCUGAGGCUGGUGUUGCUGAGGGUGAACAACAACAGCAUGUUGCUAUGGAAUUGGACGAGGCUGCCAUGCAGGCUCAAGUUGAUGGGGGACAAAUUAAAUUUAUUCUCAACGAAAGUGGACAACUUUUGCAACUUGAUAAUCACAUUCUUACCGAUGCUGAUGGUAAUCAAAUUCUCGUACAAGAUCCCGAGCACAUACAACAAUUGCUCCAGUCGGUGGGUGUUCUUCAGUCUGGUGAGGGUCUCGAUGGUGAAACUCUUCAAAUGAUGACCGAUGCUAAUGGACAAAUGGUCUUGGUGCAGGGUGAAAACAAUGAAACCCAACUGAUUGAUGCCUCCCUUCUUAAUGCCGAAGGCCAACUGGUCAUACAGCAGUCACAGGAUGGUGAUGGUGGUGCCCAUGUCAUUGGCGAAGAUGGUACACGAAUUCCAGUAUCCGUUUCCUACACCGAAGAUGGUCAACCUAUUGUUCAGGUCCAACAACAAGUACUAGAAGCAGCCACUGGCGGCGGCGAGGCUGGUGUUAUGGAGAAAGACGCCUCUGGCGUAGAAGGAACAACAACAGCGGGUGGCACGGACAAAAUAGCUAUUAGCUCGGAUUAGGGGUGGCUGCUAUAAAAUGUGUAUCAUAUUCAU